AUGGUUGCAUACACCCUGCCUAUAACCACUCACGGCUUCACUUCGCCUCCAAGAAUGCAAAUACAAUCCGCUAGCUCGACCGCUUCCUUGAAUUCUUCGAAUGCUACACCGGCCUCUCCCACACGACCCAGUCGCCUGCGCGGCCUUUCAUAUCUUCGUUCCUACACCCGCGAUCACUUGCACUCUUACUCGACGCCGCGUAGUGAAGCGCCCCCGUUGAUUCGUUCUACGUCCUCACCUGGCGCCACCAGUCCGAACACAUCUCCACGACCUCAGCAUACCAAUACUUUCGAGCGGGGUAGCGGGAGUGCCAUCCAGAGUGGGGAGAACGGCUGGAUUCCAGCGAUUCAAGGAAGAAGAGAAGCGGCCCCAACAACAUCAACAUCGACAGACACCGCGGCACCAGAGCGCAGUAGCAUGGCCAUGACUAGAAAUCGCGGACCUGCGCCCACGCCUACAUCGACUGCGCAAGCAGCUGCCAGUAAUCACCCAGCCCUUCGAAGACCGUCGGCGUUCGAGACCGCAUCGACUGCUGAUACAUCGUCUGCCGCCGCUGGCAGUAAAGAUCAGCACCCCGUCAUUCGAUUCAUUCCCCACAUUGAGACCCGGUCUUCUAGGCCAUCAUUACGAUUCGAUGCGCUAUCGCGGACUCUGAAAACACCCGGGAGCGUGGUGCGCGUUGGGCGGUACAGCGAAAGAGACAACAACCCUACCAAUGCGGACAACGGCCUGCCGGUAGGAUUCAAAUCGAAAGUCGUAAGCAGGAGACACUGUGAGUUUUGGUGCACAGACGGACAGUGGUACAUCAAGGACGUGAAAUCGAGCUCUGGCACCUUCCUAAAUCACGUACGACUAUCAAGCCCAGGAUUAGAAAGCCGUCCCUACCCAGUGAACGAUGGAGACAUAGUCCAGCUCGGAAUCGACUUCAAGGGCGGAGAGGAGGUCAUCUUUCGCUGCGUCAAGAUCCGGGUGGAGUGCAAUCGUGGCUGGCAGAAGAGCUUGAACACCUUCAACACCACGGCACACAAGCGGUUGUUUAAGAGCGCCUUGAAGGCAAAGAACAGAGACUCAGACGCGGGGAGCGUGAACAGCUCGGAGUGCUCCAUCUGCUUGAACCCAGUGGCUCCCUGUCAGGCGCUAUUCGUGGCGCCCUGCAGUCACGUCUGGCACUUCAAAUGCGUGCGAGGUCUGAUUAACAGUCAGCACUAUCCGAACUUCUCGUGUCCGAACUGCAGGUUUGUGGCAGAUCUGGAGGCAGACGUGGAACAACCAGACGAAGGCGACUACGAAACGGACGAAGCUGAAGAACAGCCCGAUGUGCUGCCAGCAGGAGACGACAUCGAUCGUGGCACGCCAGACAGAGACUCCGGACAUGGUCAAAGCGACGACAGCUACGAGCACGUCGCACGAAUAUCUUCAGCCCCACGACUUGGUAGUAUGUCUCGACAGCAAGAAGUUGACGAUGACCUUGCGAGGCUUGUGAAUGAAGCCUCAUUACGAACACCAUCUCCACAGCAGGAACACUCUUCGGACUCUGCAGAUGCGGGCCCUUCUGCGACAUCGCGGCCGAUUAGGAUCGGACAACCAAUGUCAGCGACACGUUAUGCGAGCGGUCCCUCAGGAGCCCGGUCUGUGACACCGACUUCGCAUGCACCGUUUGCUCUAUCAGCUGGCCCGAUCGUCGAUGGGCCGAUGACUCCGAGGAAUGAUGUGGGACCUUUCGUGUUGAAUGGCGAUCGACUAGCAGAGGACGGCGAAGGAAGUACGAGGUAG